AUGUGGGACAGACCAAGAGAAACCGGAGUACAUCUAGACUCCAAGAUUGAAGCUUUUGCUAAUUAUCGUGAUAACCUCCAUAGAAAUUUCAAGUUUACACCAAAGAAUACUUUUUAUGCCAUCUUUUUCAUGGGAGUUCUUCCAUACUUUUUCUUUACUAAAGUCAAACAGGAUGCUAUGAAAAGACAAGCAGUGAAUGGAAGCAAUUUUCCAAUGAUGAGCACAACCUUCAGCGGUGAAAAAGAUGAGGAGAAGGUGCUCGAAGCCUACAAAAAGAUUCACUAA